AUGGCCGAGCAACGUUUCUACAAGACACCCGAGUUCGAGACACUCCAGUUGCACGCUGGACAAGUCCCUGAUCCGACCACGAACGCACGGGCACCGCCUAUCUAUGCCAGUACAAGCUUUGUCUUCAAUGACUCUGAGCAUGCUGCCGACCUCUUCGCCGGGAGGAAGUUCGGGAAUAUGUACUCUCGCGUUGCCAAUCCCACAGUCGAGGUGUUCGAGACCCGCAUGGCCGCUCUCGAAGGCGGCAUAGCCGCAGUCGCUGCUUCGAGUGGUCAGUCGGCUCAGUUCAUGGCAAUCUCAGCGAUCGCUGGCGCCGGUGACAAUAUCGUAUCCACGUCGUUCCUGUACGGUGGGACCUACAAUCAAUUUAAAGUGUUCCUCAAGAAGUUUGGAAUCGGUGCCAAAUUCGUGACCGGGGAAGACCCACAGGACUUCGCUGCUGCCGUAGACGAUAAGACGAAGGCAAUCUAUGUUGAGAGCAUCGGCAACCCGAAGUACAACGUAGUGCCCUUGCCUGAACUGGCAAAGGUCGCGCACGAACACAAGAUCCCGCUGAUCGUCGACAACACCUUCGGAAUGGGUGGUUACCUGGUGCGCCCCAUUGACCACGGAGCAGAUAUUGUUGUGCACAGCGCAACGAAAUGGAUCGGCGGUCAUGGCACUACGAUCGCUGGCGUUGUCAUCGACUCCGGCAAGUUCGACUGGGUUGGUUCGGGGAAAUUCCCAAUGUUCACGGAGCCCGCCGAGGGCUAUCAUGGCCUCGUCUUCAGCCAAGCUUUCGGACCAAUGGCUUUCGCCAUGAUCUGCCGUCUUAUUGUCCUGCGCGAUCUGGGGUCGUGCAUGAACCCGUUCGCGGCAUUCCUCCUUCUCCAGGGACUUGAGACACUCAGCCUCCGUGCGGAGCGCCAUUCGCAGAACGCACUCGCGCUUGCAAGGUUCCUCGAGCAACAUCCUAAGGUCGCCUGGGUGUCCUAUCUCGGACUCCAGUCGCACCCGUCGCACCCGCUCGCACAGCAGCUGUUGAGGCCGAACGUUUACGGUGGCAUGCUGAGCUUCGGCGUGAAGGGAGACGCCAAAGCGGGCAGUGCCGUGGUUGACAAUCUUCGCUUGGCGAGCAACCUCGCAAAUGUUGGUGACGCGAAGACUCUGGUCAUCCAUCCUGCCACUACGACACAUCAACAGCUCUCUGCGGAGGAGCAACUAACUUCGGGUGUUACUACCGAUCUGAUUCGCGUAUCUGUCGGUAUCGAGAACAUCGUGGAUAUCAUUGCCGACUUCGAUGAAGCAUUGAAGGUUAUUGCGUGA